AGGGGAAACUUGUUCUAUCACGGGUCAUUUCAUCGAGGACUCCACGCACUACUCGAUGGCUUGAACGAUCAGCGAAGGCCACUCUAUUAAUCCAUUAAGACUCCUUAGUAUGCCCGACAACGUAUCUCUGAAAAUGUUUCGUCAUUUCGGAGUAGCGAAGCACAAUUUGUCUGUCCCGUAUAAGGGGUCGGUCAGCUGCAAAGUUCAGGUGGGACGUGUUUUCGAACUUCGAGGGAUUGUCUCCGGGCCGAAGAGGUUUCACAUCGAGCUCAAGCAUAACGAAGACACCGUAGCACUCCAUGUCAACCCGAGGAUCGAGAACGAUAGUCUCGUGCUGAAUUCAUUCGAAAAAGGCCAAUGGAUGAAAGAGGAGAGAGUAUCGCCGUUGAGCAUCCAGCCGAAUAAACCGUUCGUGAUGACGAUUCUGGUUGAUUGCGACGACUACAAAGUAGCAAUCAAUGGGGAGCAUCAAUUUUGUUUCAAACAUCGGGUUGAUUAUCAGAAAGUGAAUCGUAUCGAAAUAGCCGGUGGCAGUGGACUUGUCAUAUCAGAGCUCCAGGAACGAGACGAUCCUCUCCCAUAUCUGCAUCUUGCCUCCGGAUGCGGAGACACAAUCGAUACCUUGAGCCUACCCGGUAAACUGGAGAACGUCGAGUCCAUCAUCAGUCCUCACGUGCCGUUUGUCAAAGAGCUCGAGAAUCUCAAGCCUGGCCUCAAGAUCAUAAUCGCAGCUAAACCGACCAAGACAGCUCACCGGUUUCACAUCAAUCUGUGCGAUAAAGCCAGUGACGGCAAUAUCCUAUUUCACCUGAAUCCCCGCUUCGAUCAGCGAUAUGUUGCUCUGAAUUCCAAGCAGAAUGGUUCAUGGACGACUGAGGAGGGAAUUCAGGACUUCCAAUUCGCCCAAGGAGUACACUUUGAUUUAACGAUGCUCAUCACCGAACAGGAAGUGACCGUCUCCUUCAAUCGGAAGCACUUUACCGACUUCAAACAUCGUUUACAAAACAUACAAGCAUUCAAGUUCCUUGUGAUCGAAGGAGACGUUGUCAUUUCCUCGAUUCGCCUCCACAAAGUCUGAGCUCGCCGCCUUCCGGGAGCUUGCCGGGAUCAAAAAAGUCAGCCGUACAGUGAUCCACGCAUCAGAUUUUUGUGGAGGGGAACGAUCGGCAUGCGACGGAG